AUGAGGAUUCCCCUUGUAGAGCACACAUGCUCUCGUUGUGGUAGGACGCUGCGGGAAGCUGCUGUCAAAAAAUCUGUGCACUGCAUCAGGUGUAACAGGUGGUAUCACAGAACGUGUUUUAUGGCCGAUACGGGCGUUGCCAUCGAGGAAAAGGUCCCAACGAGCAAUAGAUGUGUUUGCUGUCUUUCAGGGACGAUAGACAUGAAAUCAAAGAAGUGCACUCAUCACAUGAACAAGUAUGCGAAAGGCUUUAUUAAAGACGGUUUUUGUGUAGUUCCACUUGCUGAGACGAAGACAGAGUUGGAGCAGAUCACCCGGGACCUCUCCACAUGGAAAGCCGAUCUUCUCCGGUAUUUCGAGGCGUUGCUCAAGACAUAUGAGUGCCAGGCAGAGAUAGGGGGUGCUGUUCCAUCACUUGAGAGUGGGUACUCUAACUUUCGUCAGCGAUGCUCGGGGAGAUUUGAAAUUAUUGCAGACUUCAUCACCUCUAAAGUAGUUCCCCUGAUUGCCAACGCACAAACGGUUCAGCAAACACUUGACGCACUCCUUUGCAACGCACAACUACCCGUUGGGAAGAAGGUGAUGUCAUCCGGUUGUUUUCUAUCGCUGAUGGGCAGUGAAACGCAAAACGCACACACCGAUGGACCCGCACUCAGCAAUGUUGUGAACCUCUUCCCCUACGCCAUUAACGUAUUUGUGCCCUUGAUCAGUGUCGACAGCCGCAACGGCACUGAGUUUUUUCCUAGGUCUCACAUUCUUGGAGAUCAAAGAGAAAGCAAGUAUGUCUCUCCACCUGUUGCUCUCGGGAACGCAUUGCUAUUCGACUAUCGAGUUGUUCAUCGUGGGCUACGCAAUGCAAAAUCGGAUCCUCGUCCUUGCUACUAUGUUACGUAUUCAAAAAGCUGGUAUCAAGAUACGUACAACUUCAGUGAGAGGCGCUACAAGAAACGGCUGGAAGUGGAUCCCGCUCUGUUGGAGAGCAGAGAUGAGCGCAUGGCGAAAAAGAGUCGUUCUGACGAUGGGGGAAGCAGCACUUCGCAACUUCAUUGA